AUGGCCUUAGUGGCCCACAUCGUUUGCUCAGGCUCACCAGAUUCCGGCAAAACCACGUUGACCGAGUCUAUUCUGUAUCGCUCCUCGUAUCUGUCGUCCUCGGGAUCCGUUGAUACCGGAAGCACAACAACUGACUUUCUUCCGGUCGAACGAGAACGAGGAAUCACAGUACAGUCUGCCAGCAUCCCUGUGAGAUGGAAGGAUUGGACCUUCAAUCUCAUUGAUACCCCAGGUCACGCUGACUUUGGUAUGGAGGUCGAGGGUGCCAGUAGGGUCAUCGACGGUGCUGUUGUCCUGCUGGACUCUGUCGAAGGAGUUGAGGCCCAAACCAAGAACGUUUGGCGCCAAUUGGACAGGUAUGGCGUCCCAACCCGCAUGAUGUUCUUCAACAAGCUCGACCGACCUGGUGCAUCGUUCCGAAACGCCAUGGCUUCGCUCCUCACCCAUCGGUUCCAUCCCAAUCCUUCCCCUCUGACCAUCCCAAUCGCGUCCUUCGACCCGAAAGACUACCAACACGGAGAACCUGGUGUUCAAGGUCUGGUAGACCUCGUCAAAUGGAAUAUCUGGAGAUGGGCGGGAGAAGAAGCGACGUGCCGGCCACUGCCACGAACUGUUGCAGAGCUCGAAAAAUUCCCGCUCUUUCCACCAAACCACCCAAUCGUCCCUCACCUCCCUGUGGCCCGGACGCAGCUGCUUGAAAACAUUUCCAUGUUUUCUGAAGACCUCAUGGAACACUUGCUCGAGCUUGACUCCUCACCGGAUGCAUACCUCGGCCUUCCAGCUGAAGCAAUCCUCCCGCACCUCCGGAAGGCAAUCCUCAAGGGCGAAAUCCUCCCCAUUGUCUGUGGUUCGGCUCUCAAUCAUAUUGGAACGGAGAUCCUAAUGGACUAUGUUGGCGAACUCUUCCCAAGUCCACUGGAUGUUCCUCACGACCCUCAAGGAAAGAACCCACCGGUCCGAGCCUUGGCAUGGAAAGUGAAUUGGGAUGCUAGACGUGGUUGGAUGACCUUUGUGCGAGUUUAUUCUGGCAAGUUCUCUAGAUACUGCACCCUUACCAAGCAAAGCGUUCUCCAGAAUGCCAGUCGCAAUCAACGGGAAAAGGUCUCUAAACUACUUAUGCUGUAUGCAUCGGACGUUGAGGAGGUGGAUGAGCUCCCUGUGGGCUCUGUCGGUGUGGUUUUGGGGCUCAGGCAUACGCGAACCGGUGAUACCCUCGUGUCCUUGGGUGGAAAUGCUGAGCAGCGCUCGGUGCUACGCGACAUCACUCCCCCGCCAGCUGUUAUCUCGACUUCAGUUAUCCCUCACUCACACUCGGAUCUGGACCCCGUUCAAGCUGCCCUCGACUCUCUCGCGCGAACAGACCCGUCAGUCCGGAUCGACACUCAAGAAGGACAGCUACUGGUUCACGCCCUCGGCACCCUCCACCUCGAGAUUGUCGAAAACAAACUCCGUGACAUUUGGGGCGCCAACUUCGAAUUCGGACAGCGGCGUGUCAGCUAUCGCGAAGGGUUGGGGGAUGGGACACCCAGCGAUACCUGGGCCACGUGGUCAUCGGAUAUCGCGGGCAAACCCGUUACAGUGACUCUUCCUCUCGAGAUCCGGGCGAUGACUGACGAAGAAGUUGGAGAUCCCGUGUGGGAUGGUAAUUGUGUCUUGGGUCCGACUGGUGCCCCAUUGCCAGCACCCGAAGCCAUUCAAUCUCCUCGACUCGCGGGUAUCGCCGAAGGAAUCGCCAAUGCGUUAUCUAACUCUCCGCAUUCUGGUCUUGCAAUGACCAAGGUUUUUGUUCGGAUUACAGGACCACCCACUGAAGCAUUCCCAGCACCCGUAUUGAACGCGGCUACGGUUGCUGUCCUUCGCCAGCGAGUCCGCGAUGCGUCCAUGGGACCUUUGUUCGAGCCAUACGUUCAUCUGAAGGUUUCCGUGCCCGAGAAGAGCUUUGGACUAGUAAUCAGCGACCUGACGGAGCACGGAGGCGAGGUGCUUGAGCUCGGAGAAGACGCGGCUGCGUUCGAUGGUUCUUCCUCCACUCCCUUUUCUGAAGAAGGCUUGUAUAUCCCACCAGAUUGGCUAUCGCCUUCCGGAAACAAUGCAACCGCUUCGCGUGGACAAGCCGCAACGAAACAUGUCAUUCAUGCAUCGGCCCCGCUCAGUCGAAUGUUUGAUUACUCGAGUCGUCUUCGCGCUAUCACAGAAGGCCAUGGAUCUUUUGAAAUGGCCAUAGAUUGCUUUAGGCAGGUUUCGGAACCUAGAAGGAUGGAAAUUUUGAAGGAGAUUGGAAGGGCAUGA